UCCGACCCUCCUCCGAAGUAGACAUGUGCCGAUCUGAGGGUAGCGUUCUGAGUUCCGCCACUGUACUGCCUGCAGACAUGCCUUCACAUCAGCUGAUUAAGCCUAUGAAGCCUCGUUUGCCUCGAAAGCUGGCAAACUCUGCACGGAUCAACCUCAACAAGUACUGGCAUGCCUUGGAGGAGUUGAUUCCGGUUUCUCGAAAAGUCUUUGACGAAUCGGACUGCAAUGCCAUCAACGAGAAUAUUGACAACGAACACAGACUGGCAGCGAUGCAGCUCUCUGACUCGCAGACACCCAGCGAGGAUGGCAAUGGGAAAGGUUCCUCAGCAAAACCUUCUGCAUUGACAACCAAUACUCAAAAUGGUAAGACAUCAUCAACUUCUUCCUUUCACGGGGCGACUCCAGAGCCUUUUUCGCUUAUGCCAGAGUUUCCUCCCUUCCGCAAGACUGCAGUUGCUCCAUCUCUUCAAAUGACAAUGGAUAUUCCUUUUGACGAGAACACACCUCCAACUUCUGCGUUUAUUGGAACCUCCUCCAGAUGAUCUCAAUGUUUACAUAUGCUCUCUUAAAAGUGAGCCUUCUCUUAGUUUUGUUAAGUUAGAAUAGUUCCAAGGUACUCUCCAUGUACUGAAAAGGCCGCCAUGUGUGAAUAGAAAGAGAAUCUAUGUGCCAAUUUAACUGUGAUUUAAUCGUUUGUGUGUCUUGUAAAUAUUUUAUUUUGAUUUUUAUGAUGUAACUAGGUAAAAUAUUUGUUCCAACAAUUAUGUUUAGUUAUAAUAAUAAUAAUUUUAUUGCUCCACAUGGUUAACAAAUGAGUAUUGAUUUGAUUUAGCUCUGUUUUCGGUUUACUAGUAGAUAUUUGAUUUAUUCCAUCAUAUUAUGGGACAUAACAGUUGGAAUUCUUCAGAUUAAACAGAAUACUAAAAAAUAACGAGCAUUAAUUUGGAAAUACAGGGUUACUAAUAGAUUAAAGUUUUUUUAACUUUCUUAAUGUUCACAUUGUCAUAUGAUCACUUGUUAUUAAUGUACACACCAUAAUAUGUAUAGUAUAAUUUUUAGUCUUCAAUAAACAAAUAAUAUUAUUCUUUUAACUAGUAUUAGUCCUAGUAUGAUGUAAUUAUAAGAUGAAAUAAUUAGGAUUUUAUAUAAUGUUUCCUCUAUACAGUUUCUUAUUCUUAGCUAUGUAGGAUAUUGUAAAAAUCAAUAAUCUCAAAUCAAUAGUUUAUUAUUACAUGUAUUUUUUAUGUUAAGAUAUUAUAUAAAAUGUUGAACAAACAUAUCAUAGAGUUAAGGCCAAAUGUCUUUCAUAGAUUUUAGGAAAAUAAUACAUUUUUUAAGGGUCCGUAUAUAAUAAAAACUAUCCUUCAUUUCUGGUAGUCUGUUAAAUUCAACAUUUGAUAUUAAUACUAUAAACGCCUUCAGAAUACAAUAUAUUUUAGAAAAUUAUGAAAUUUAUAUUUUUAUUGUAAUUAAUUUUUGUUCAGCCAAUGAUUUAAAAAAGAAAAAUGAUUCAUGAUAAUGUAUUUGUACAAGAAAUCUUGAAACUUUCAUUGCCAUAGAAAAAAACAUUUAAAUUGCAUUUAAUGUUUUUAGUUUACGGACCCUUACUUUUUAGUUGACAAUGUAUUGUUUGUACAUAACUAUUUUAUAUUAAAUUAUAUUAACUCUUUGUAUCUCAUUAAGACUGAAUUUAGUUAAGAUAUAUAUAGUAUAUAAAUGGUAUAGUAAGGUACAGGAAGUGAAUAAAUUAAGUGUUUUAAUGCUCAAGGCAGGCAGCUAAAACUUUUAUUUUACAUUCAAGAUUAUUCGUCUUCACAGCCUAUACAACUAAUAAUUCUGUGAAUUAUUGUUCUAUAAUGUGUUUACACAAAAUCCCCAAAAUUCUUUUCUAGUAAAAGUAAAAUUUAAAUAAUAAUUUAACUUAACCUCAUCAAGGGAAAAUAUUUAAUGUAAGUGAUUAAUAAAUUAAACAUUAUUUAUCUUGUUGAGUCAAGAAAACUGACAAAAAUACACAGUCAAUGUCUUCACUGGAAUCAAAAAUGCCUUGACAUUGUUUAAUGCUGGUGUUUAAUGUUUUAGAUAUUUUGGUACCAUUGAAGAUAUGGUUAAAAACAUGAAAAAUAACAGUAAUCAACAGUAGAGAAAGCUAAAAUAUUUUGUAUUACAAUUCAAGAUUCCUACAUAGUAUAUAUGUAAAAUAGACAGUUAUGUAACAAUAAGUAAACUAGAUUUUUGUUAGUAUUCCACAGUCGUGUACAAAUGAAUAAUUCAGUGCUAUAGUUAAACAUAUUUCUUAUAUAUUGUGAGGGGUAUAAAGUAUAUUAUUAUUAUGUCUGAUUAAUAUUGCUAAGGAAUUAUUAAUUGUGUAAAUGUCCUUCUUUUCUUGUCCAUUUAAUAUCAUGUUAUGUUUUUUGUACUUUUACUUAUAUCAUUGAUUUACAUCCUUAGCAAAUUGACAUAUAGUUAAACUGUGAUAUUUUAUUAGUUUCUUGUUUGUUAGUUUUAAAUAAUCCUUAGUCUUCCAAUUUUAGAAUAAUUGAAAAUGUAGAGGUUAUGACGUAAUGUAGUGAUGUUAUUGUUUCACCUUAAUGUGAAAAUAACUAACAUAAAUUGGUAAAGAGCUUUACUUGAAUAAUUGUAAUAAUUCAUUGGUUUAGACCAAUAAAAUAGUUUUAAGACUAUAGGCUAAUAUUUUAAAGAAUGU